UUGGACUACAUCGCAGUGGGCACCGCGGCUGUGUGGAACACAGAGGAGAAGCUCUAAUUACUUGGACUUAGUGCUGGUGCAGGCUACACGUGAGUCGGAAGCUUGUUCCCCCACCGGAGGCGCGCGUGCGCUCUGACCACAGCGCCGACGACGACGACGGCUUUGCAAAGUGGCUGCUCACAGGAACUAUAGACAUCAGUCUGAGGCGCAGCUCCACUGGAGGACACGCACCGUGCAUCAUCUCCCUCCCCACACACACACGCACACACAGCAGCAGCAGCAGCAGCAGAGGCACAGCCGCCCGCGCGUGGAUUCUAACAUAACAAACAAGUCUCCAGAAGAAAGACGAAUAAGAAGCAGCAAGUGAUGGAUGAAAGAAUACCACAUUUACAGGACAGACAGUUCAUGGAACACGCUGAUUUCUUAGGGAUGGAUUAUCCCUCAAUCUACAUGUGCAAAUCCAAAAGAGGAAUAAAACGAGAGGAUGGUGGGAAGGACGCGUACAAGUUACCACACCGGUUGAUAGAGAAGAAGAGGAGAGACAGGAUCAACGAAUGUAUCGGGCAGUUGAAGGAUCUGUUACCAGAACAUCUGAAGCUGUCGACUCUCGGGCAUUUGGAGAAGGCAGUUGUUCUGGAGUUAACGCUGAAGCACUUGAACGCACUGACUGCUGUCACUGAGCAGCAGCACCAGAAGAUCAUCGCUCUGCAGAAUGGUGACCGCUCCAUGAAGACGUCCAUUCACGCAGAUCUGGACGCGUUCCACUCCGGAUUCCAGGCUUGUGCCAAAGAGGUUCUGCAGUACCUGAGUCGGUUUGAGAACUGGACGACGCGAGAGCAGCGGUGCGCGCAGCUCACCAGCCACCUUCACGAGGUGCUGGCGCGGUUCCAGCCUGGCGCGCAGCCAUCGCCGCCGCCGCCACCGCCGCCGCCGCUCCAGCUCCAGCACCAGUUACCCGCCGCCGGGGACGCACAGGACGCGCACAAAGCUGACGGGCAAACCAACUGCGUCCCGGUCAUCCAGAGAACCCAAGGCGGGGAGCUUAACGAGAACGACACAGACACGGACAGUGGAUACGGCGGCGAGGCUGAAAAGAGCGACGGCAAAGAGAAAGAGUGUGAGCGCAGUCAGGCGCAGCCUGGAGCAAAGGCAGUGAAGAUCAAGCAAGAGUUUGGAGAUGAACGCGCUGCCAAAAAAGCAAAGAUGAACUGGUGUGGCAGCGGAUCAGGGGCCGCAGAGUCCAGCAGGUCUGAUGUGGCGUUAAUGAACUCUUUGAUGGGAAUAAACAGUGCGGGACAGCAGACACCGAUCUGCAUGCCUUUCUACUUCAUUAACCCCUCUGCUGCGGCGCCUUAUAUGCCUUUAUUCGAUAAAAGCAACAUUGAGAAGUACAUGUAUCCAGCGGCGGCAGCUCUCGCGUCCCCUUUCCCGUGGCUUUACCCCGCACAUGCGUCAGCAGCAGCGGCCGCAGCCGCGGCAGCCGCCGCCGCGUUCCCCGGUCUGUCUGCGCACUUCAGCGCCUCCUCACAAGCCAAGGACUCGCAGUGUCCAGACAGCGACGGGUCACACGACGCCGAGACAGGAUCGUCACCCGACGAGCGCGAGGAGAGUCUCGCGAGUGACGACGGGGAGGGUGACGCAGCGGAGAACAGCCAGGAGAGUUGCCAUGAUGAGCUGUCUGCCUGUGAACACAGCUAAUCUGUCUCAUGUGUGUUACCAUGUGCGCGCGCUCUGCUCAGGAACACCUGCGUUCCUGUCGUUAAAUCUGAGGUUUUCACAGAGGAGUUGGUGGAUCAGGUGGCUGUGUGCCUUUUGCACUUCUGCUCGAUUAAUCAAUCCGAAUGAAUGUCGACAAUGAUUGACACUUAUGUGCACGACUGUGUUGUGCUGAAGCUAGUUUUUUAUCCUCUUUGAUAAAAGAUAUUUUAGACAUGGCAGCACAGGUGCCAAAACUUUCACAAUAUAGAUGCAGUAUCCCAAUCAGCAAGCCUUUUUUUUUGGAUGUAUGAAGUUACAGCUGACCUCUACCAAGGUUGUUAAGAGCUUGGCUGAGACGUGACUGUAAAUAUUAUCACCUGAAACACAGUCGGACUCAUUACCAUGUAAAUGUGCACUAUAUAUAUAUAUAAAAAAGGAAGUGCUCCUGGAAGUUAAUGCUCCAGGACCUCCUCCCGAAAGUUUGCACGGGGUACAGAAGAGGCACAUUACUGUCCCUCCUGAGAAGAGAUUCAUUUAAUGAGAACACACUAAUUGCACAUUUCUAAUAUUGAGAUUAAUGGAGAGGUAUUUUAUGUGCUGGGUUUUCCCCUCAUCUCAUAGAGCAGAGUUUGCUCAGUUUACUUUGUGACAAAAGACAGAACAACAAUCAUGAGGAAGAAAUCUGUGAAUCUGCCUGACCAACAUAUUGUAAAAUCCUCCUGAAUGAGGCAUUUCUGCAUGAGGAUGCAGUGACCUCUACCUCCAGUCAUUAUUGUAGUAUAGUACCUUAGAGGUGUUUGAUACUGAAUGUAUAGAAUGAUCUUUACUCUUUGAAAUGUAAAGUGCACUUUUUCCUGCUUUUGCCCAACCCCCAACAACCAGCGUAUCAUUUUUAAACUGUUGUUCUCUUUCAACCUCUCUUUUGUUUUAUGGACUUUUCUUGAAAUUAUAUAUAAAUAUAUAUCAAAUCAGAAGAGGGAGCAGAGUUACUAAAAGCAACGUUGUUCUCCACUUCUUUCAAGGCCAAAAAAUAUUCCAACCACAAUCGGAUUCUCAAAUGCGGGACUAUCACUGAUUCUGUGUUAUUUACUCUCAUCAUGUAAAUCCUUACUUUUCAAAAAAAAAGAAAAAAGCGGGAAACACAGUGUGGUCACCGUGUACCAUCUGUUUUCUGACUGUUGUUGCUUUGCUCUAUUUUCUGGGAGAAACCUGCAUCCAUUUUUUUUUGUUCAACUUCUCACACGUGACUGAAUAAACACACAACUUUCACUGUACUUUGCAAACAUGACUUUGCUUUUGUUGUUUUUCCCUCGGCUGGUUUUCCCGCCUCAAAUCGACUUGUUAUAUAAAGUGGCAUGUGCGUCUGUAAAUAGUGUUUUUCUUUUGUGAAUAUAUCAUAACGUAUACAUGUGUGUGUCACUGUUCUAGAAGUCUAUGGAGUUGUUUUUUUUAAAAGAUAAAACUGAGCAACUGUUGCACAUUUCGUUAAUGCUUUACACACAUGCUGUUCUAAAUUAUUGCUGAUGAGUUGUAAAAUAAAUAUCAAAACUGAA